UGGAUCGGAGAAAGGCAUUUUCACGGAAAGUUGUAGGGAAAGAAGGAGUAUGACAAUCACAUAUGUAACGGCUGGUCCGGAUGGCGUAGAUCCAAAUGCAUUUACAAUUAAAAAUCGAGAGGAAAUAUAUAUUCCUAAGGCACCUCCUCCACAGCCACCGUUACAAAGGGGUUCAACCAUUACCAAUCUAGGAUCCUUACGACAAGUCAACAAGCAACUUAAUGUGGCCUGUGCAGUGUUUUUCCUCUUUGUCUACGGCGGCAUGGACUUUGCCCACAGUGCGGGUUGGAAUCAGACCCUGAACACCACCGCCACGCCGGUUUUCAAAUGCAGUUGGUUUGAUGGAGUUUUGGUUGGAGCUGCAGUGGCCUCCCAGGCUAUGACCUUUCUGCCGAAGAUGACCUUCUAUGUCCUUGGGGGCAUAAUGCAACUCAUUGGAUCGAUUAUUUUCACCUGUGCCCCCUUUCAUUACGGAUGCCUUCUGGCCGCUCGAUAUGUGGCCGGAGCAGGAAUUGGAUUGAUCAAGGUACCCUUUCUUAUCCAUAGUGCCGAAGUGGCCUCGGAUAACUAUCGGGGAGUCAGCGGUUCCAUGGAGCAGUGUGGCCUGGCUUUGGGCAUUGCCAUUCAGGUUAUCUACGACACCCAAUGGGGCAAGGAGGCAUCAGUCAACGAGGUUCAUGGGAUCAUUGGUAUAGUGUUUUCGCUACUGGGUCUUGGGAUGACAGCCCUGUCGAUAGAGUCGCCAGAAGACCUGGCUUUUGAGGAGGAAAUAUAUUACGUGCAAGAGAGCCAGAAGAGGACCUUCUUCCAGGAGCUUUGGAGCUCAGUGGUGCCCUUCAUAAAACUGCUGCUCUACCGCGGCUUCGUGGCCUUCUCAUUUUCCCUGCCCCUCUCCGAAUCCCUGAUCAAGAGUACGCUCCAGACCGAGGGAUAUAUCUCUUGUUGGCCAGUGACUGUUUGGGGAAUGGUCCUUCUCCUUGGAGCUCUGGUCGCCCAGGGAUUUCUGGACAAGAUGGGCCGCAAGCUUCUCUCACUCGUGUGUUUACUCUGCAUGGCCAUCCUAAUGCUCGGCAUGGCUGUCUCCUAUGCAGAUCCGGCCAAUGUGCUCCUCACCUACUAUAUGAACCAGGUGUGGAAACUAGGAGUGGCUUUCCAGGCCUUCGCAGGACUCUUCGUCUGCAGCUCAUCGGUCUACCUUGGCGAAGCCUUUCCCAUGAAAGUAAAGCCCUUCCUCUUGGGAUACAUCGUGAGCUUCGAACAGACGGUUCACAUCAUCAAUAUUUUUGGCUUCAAUCGGGGAUCGGAGACUUUCUUCUACCACUACUACUUGUCGGUGGGAAUCAUCCUGUUUGUUGGCGUGAUUUUCUUCGGACUCGUGAUUCCAGAAACUAAGAAGAUAAAGCGAAAGCGAUUCCAGCGUUUGCACAAUAUAGGAUUAUUUUAG